AUGACUUCAAGAUACCGACCAUUUGAUUCAUUCAUUCUAGCUCUUAAUGUUAGACAAGUUUAUUAUGUCCCAUAUCCAACAUUUCGCAACAUUGACAAACGUGUUGAAGGUGUAUAUGCAUUGCACGACUUUGAUGGUGAUGCUGAAGAGUUAGAAGGACAAAUACAAGAACAUGAAGAAGAAGGAGAAGAAGAAGAGGAAGAACAAGACGACGACGAAGAAGAACUUGAAGAUGAUAAAGAAGACGACGAUGAAGAUGAUGAUGAUUAUGAUGAUCACAUAAUGUCACGACAGGAUCCUUCACACCCUAACAAGGGCAAGACGGUAAAAAAGCCUAGGAGGCUGGUGAUAACCUUUUGGCAAGCCAAGUACAUUAUUAGAGUUCCUUCGACGAUACCAUUUGCAAGUGCCAGUACUCCACCAGAGGUUGGCUCCUCACGUCCACCACCCCCUUCUACGACGCCCACACCUUCUGUCGGGCCCACUCCUUCAGUUGUAGGCCCCACACUGGUUCCUCCUAUGGAGCCCACACCAUAUAUUCAUCCCUCUUCUUCUAUCUCCACGCCAUCUUCUAUACCAUCUCCAGAUGUACACCAGUCAUUUGGUGAUCUUGCUGAUCCUACUGAUUUGGGUGAUCCUACUCCUCAUGAUCGACUGUUCAUUGAGCCAAGUGGAAAAGGGUUUCUUCCUUCUAGAGUUGCUACACAAGUCAUCACUAGGUCUAUUAAGCAACAAUUUCUUCAGCCUUGCGCAUCAUGGGGAGCAGUGGAGCUUGGACGAGUUGUUCAUGUUGAUGAGGUGUUUACACAAACUCAUAUUCGCAAGGGGACUGGCAAAUAUGUUGAUGAGAGGUCUCGCAAGACCAUUGAAGAUUUUUCUGCGUGA